UCAGUCCGGCUGGAGCAUGAAGGAGGCGACCUGAGGGCCAGAGCCCAGCCGGGGCUGGAGCGUGCGGUCUGACCCACAGGAAACAUGGCAACGAGCGCUGUCCCCAGUGACAACCUACCCACAUACAAGCUCGUGGUGGUGGGGGAUGGGGGUGUGGGCAAGAGUGCCCUCACCAUCCAGUUUUUCCAGAAGAUCUUUGUGCCUGACUACGACCCCACCAUCGAAGACUCCUACCUGAAACAUACAGAGAUUGACAAUCAAUGGGCCAUCUUGGACGUUCUGGACACAGCCGGGCAGGAGGAGUUCAGCGCCAUGCGGGAGCAGUACAUGCGCACGGGGGACGGCUUCCUCAUCGUCUACUCUGUCACAGACAAGGCCAGCUUCGAGCACGUGGACCGCUUCCACCAGCUCAUCCUGCGUGUCAAGGACAGGGAGUCAUUCCCCAUGAUCCUUGUGGCCAACAAGGUCGAUCUGAUGCAUUUGAGGAAAAUCACCAGGGAGCAAGGAAAAGAAAUGGCGACCAAACACAAUAUUCCGUACAUAGAAACCAGUGCCAAGGACCCACCUCUCAACGUGGACAAAGCCUUCCAUGACCUGGUUAGAGUAAUUAGGCAACAGAUUCCAGAAAAAAGCCAGAAGAAGAAGAAGAAAACCAAAUGGCGGGGAGACCGGGCCACUGGCACCCACAAACUUCAGUGCGUGAUAUUGUGAUGGGCCUGAGGCCCCAGGCACAGUGACCAUGAACUGGCCAGCCCUUGGGACCCCUCCACUGCCUAACCUCACUGAAAACCAUUUCUAACCAUGACCCUGACCCGAGGACUUGGCACAGGAAGGGAGAGAGGGAAGGUGGCAGGGAGGAAAUGGGGUCCAGCUUCCCCGCAAGGGCACAGGCUUUUCCGUGUCUCAAGACACAAGGAAGCGGCGCCGCACAGAAGCAGCAUCGGGGCCCCUCAUGUUGGUUCAGCCCCAUUCCUCCCCAUCUCUUGGCGGCUGUGUUGUUUCUUUGAACAUAGUGUUGAUUGGACGUGGAAGUGUUUACCGACCACGUACAGAUUACGGAACAAGCCAUGGUCCAGCUCCCCUCUUGUCUCCAGUCCUCGGUGUCUGAGUUUGGGUGUCUUUUGUAGGUUUUUAAAUUAUUUUAGUGAUGAUUAUUGUACCCAGGGGGUCUGUGCCCACUGCCUGGUGGCGCUUCAAGUCUUUAGCAGAUCUCUCAGACAACAUGUCUGUGAUAUUGUCGUUGUUUUAAAUUGAAUUUUCCCAGCAGUGCCAAACUCAACUCACUAUGAACAUACAGGGACUGAGACCAGAAGUUACUGAGGGCCGAAGCUGGAGGCCUCAGGAGAAGUGGACCCUGCCCGCGGCCUGUAAACUAGCGAGAUGAGAGCUGUGUUUAACCGGAGGGUUUUACUGUGGAUAUUAGGAAACAGAAUUGUAUUUUGCUGAGGGGAGAGGCUGGCACGAGCAUGUCUGUUCUAAAAGGGGUUAUGUUAUCCUGGCAAUGUAUAAACUUAAGCAAGCAGAUCUGCCCAAUUGUUCGUGUCUUUUCCAGUCCGCAGGGGUCCAGUUCUGUUCUUCCUGCCGGGAUAGGGCUUCCUCACCUGGCCUGCGCUGCCAGCGCCUCUCGCUGGCGCCUCUCCGUCACAGACACACUGACACAGGCCUGCAGGCUUCUCCACGUCAAAGUGAGCUGUGUGGAUGCCAUCCGGGGCAUUCUAGUUCAUGCUGAAUUUUAACCAAAAGUGAUCCAGUACUGUUAUUCCUAAAACAGCACCAAGACCUGGAACCAUAUUCCCUCUGAAUCAACUGACGACCACUUCUUAAGCCCAGUAAAUAAUUUGCAAAUUUA